AUGGCGUUGCUCCAUCAGAGUCGAGGCUCACCCAGACUCGUCCUGGUGGUGGUUUGUGUCGCUCUGCUGCUCGACAAUAUGCUGCUCACUGUGGUCGUACCGAUCAUCCCAACAUUCCUCUACGCCAUCGAGCAUCCGAGUCCAGAGCCACAGACCGCCCAGCCCUCCCUGCUCCCUCUGCGCGGCCUCGAUGCAUCACGUCUGGGCACUGCACCCUCACAGCCCCCCUCCUCCGCCUUCAGCCUCCAGACGUCCAGACGGACCUCCCAGCGCCUUCACCUGCCUCGGCCCAGUACCGGUGCACCGGUCCAGGUUACAGGGCCGACCCUAUCGGCUCUGGUGUCCCUGUUUGAUAACUCGACCUUCAGCCUGACUGACGUGAGUGCCGGCACCGAACCGGCGGACCGGACCUCAGUGACCGCGGAUGUGCAGGGCAAUGAGACCGAAGGCUCUUCCUGUCUUCAGGACAGUUUGUUUCUGGAAGAAGAAAAUGUUCGAGUUGGUUUGUUGUUUGCUUCUAAAGCUAUCAUCCAGCUGCUCGUCAACCCCUUCGUUGGUCCACUGACUAACAGGAUCGGGUAUCACAUCCCCAUGUUUGCUGGUUUCAUCAUCAUGUUUGUGUCAACCAUCAGUAAGUUAUGUGUUCGUGUUCAGGUGCUGGAUGAUGAUGACAUCAUGUCUUCGUGUCAUGCAGGUCUGGGCAUGCUGGCCAGCGUGUACACGGAUGAUGAGGAGAGAGGCAUCGCGAUGGGCGUGGCACUGGGAGGACUGGCUAUGGGAGUCCUGAUCGGAGCGCCUUUUGGCAGCGUGAUGUACGACUUUGUGGGGAAGAGCGCCCCCUUCCUGAUCCUGGCCUUCCUGGCUGUGUUCGAUGGAGCGUUGCAGUUGUGCAUCCUGCAGCCUUCAAAGAUCUCUCCUGGGAGUGUGGAGGGAACGCCGUUACUCACCCUGCUGAAGGAUCCGUACAUCCUCGUCAGUGCAGGGUCUCUGUGCUUCGCCAACAUGGGCGUGGCCAUCCUGGAGCCCACUCUGCCCAUCUGGAUGAUGCAGACGAUGUGCUCCCCGAAAUGGCAGCUGGGUAUUGCCUUCCUCCCUGCCAGCGUGUCCUACCUGAUAGGAACAAACCUGUUUGGUGUUCUGGCCAAUAAGAUGGGACGGUGGCUGUGCUCCAUGCUAGGGAUGUUUAUCGUUGGCAUCAGUCUGCUGUGUGUUCCCUUUGCCACCAGUAUCUACGGCCUGAUUGGACCAAACGGCGGUCUGGGAUUCGCGAUAGGUGACGUGUGA